AUGCAGAUUCAGGCGUUUAUAUUCUGUGGUCGUGGCCACAACUUAUCUCCCUUUGCUAAGCAUCCCAACAGUGCUGCUGUUACACAGGAGGAUACUAUUUUGAGCGAUGACACUGUGCCAAAGGCAUUGAUGCCUUUGGCUAACAAGCCCAUGCUGGAGUAUACCAUUGAUUGGUGUGACCAGGCAAAUUUCUCGGAGAUUAACAUUGUCGCACACCAUGAUCAGAUUGAUGAGAUCAAGCAAUUCCUAUCUACAUUCCUGGCAUUGCGUACACAGCAAUUUGAAAUCAUCUCCAAGGCAUUGUCUGCAGCAAACCACAACCACCAUUUACAGAAACCAAAGCCUAUCAAUUUCAUCAGUUCUAAGAUGAACUCCAACGGUGAAGCUCUACAGAAGGAGUUGCUGGAUAAGAUCAAAGGUGAUUUUGUGCUAUUGCCAUGCGAUUUUAUCACGGAUAUCCCACCUCAGGUGUUACUAGACCAGUUCCAAAACAGAGACGACGACAAUUUGGCUUUAACUGUGUACUACAAGAACAAUGUUGAGAGUGUCGAUAAGAAACAAUUUCAACGUCAACAAUUUUUUACCAUAUACAGUGAGAAUGAGGAUACAGAGAAACAGCCGGUCUUACUGGAUGUGUACCCUAAGGAAGAUGUCAUGAAAAACAAAUACCUACAAGUCAGAAACCAAAUGCUUUGGAAAUACCCAAAUGCAACAGUGUCCACCAGUAUUUUAAACUCUUCCAUAUACAUGUGCUCCUACGAUCUAUGCCAAUUGUUACGCGAACAGACCCACCAAGAGAAGAACAAUGACGACAGUGAAGGCAAUAACGUAAAUGACUCUCCAAGAACUAAGAACUCAAAAGGUACAGAGGAUUAUGAUGACGCACAGAACUCCGCUCACAGAAACCUAAGUGAAAUUAAACCAAGUUACUUCAAGAAGAAAAAUGAACUGAUAAGAGAUAAUAUUAACUGCCAUAAGCCUUUAGGUAAACUUUUCAGAGACUUAAGUAGGCGCUCGUGGCAGCACUCGUCCAAGAGAGAAACAAUGGGUAUAUUUAUUAUACCCGAGCCAUGUGUCUUUAUUAGAGCUAACAAUCUGAACGCAUAUAUGGAGGCUAACAGAUUUAUAUUGAAGAUAAAGGCCCAAGCUACCCAAUCCAAUGUACAAACCAAUAAUCUAUCAACUUCAGCUAUCGGUGCUGAUUCCCUCGUUGGUGGAAAUGUUACUAUACUUGAAAAGAGUAACAUAAAAAUGUCUGCAAUUGCUGGUGGUUGUAAGAUCGGUAACCGUUGUCGUGUUGCUGGGUCUAUUCUGCUUGCCAACGUUGAAUUAGAAGACGAUGUAAUCUUAGAAAAUGUUAUUAUUGGUCCUGGCGCUAAAAUUGGCAAGAAGAGUAAGUUAACAAACUGUUAUGUAGAAGGUUCAUAUGUCCUACCAGCAAGAAGUACACACAAAGGUGAAACCUUGAGAAAGAUCAUUUUGAAUACAGACACAGAAAUGGAUAGCGAAGUUGCCUACAGCACUUCUGAUGAAGACAGUUCCGAUGUUAUGACUGAGGAAUUCACAGACGAAGAUUUCGGUGACGACGAUUUCUUUGAAAGGUAA